AGAGAAAAGCGAAAAUCAAAAACACCCCUUCAAGCACGGGAGAGGGACGUUUGGCCCACAUGGGCUCCCACGAAAAAAGAAGGCACUCACGCAUGGUAUGCGUCGUCCCUGCGAGGAGGCGUGCGGGUGUGCGGUAGCCCCCGGAAUCAGCAAGCGGCGAAGGCCACGGCGGCCGCGAGCGGCCGUAGCAACGUCGCAAGCACAAACGAACCGACGGAGGCACUGCUCUGUCCGCGUGUGUCGGAAUCCUGCCCCCAGUGGCGCUGGCUGCAUUUGGGGCCCCGCCAGCCCCGCCGGCGGAAGCGGUGCGGCUGGACGCGUCGGAGCGGCCCUGCUAAGCUGCGGACGCUUGCGACCCUUCGGCCUCACGCGGCUGAUCGGGUGCCGCGGCGCCUCGGUCUCCCUCCUGCAGCGGCUGCUCCCCACCACGGCUUUGGGGCGCUGCUUCGCCCUCCCUCUCCUCCGCCCCACUUGCACUCACCCCAGCUGCGAGGUCCUCGCUUCCGCGGUCUCGCCCUGCAACUCUGCGCCCUUCGGGCCUUCUGCCUUCGUCCCCAGUUUGCCCCCCGCAGCGAAUCCCUUCGCGCCCCCUUCGGGCCCAUCCGUGUGCACGACUCCCGCGGCUCCCCUGGGCGUUGA